AUGGCAGAAACGAUGUUUGACGAAAUCGCCAAACGCUACGAAGCGGCCUUCUCCGAAGACCCCAGCCUCCAUCAGAUCAUAGACCGCGUGCUCCCACUCCUCCCCCGUAGCUCCUCCGUUCUCGAUGUGGGUUGCGGCACCGGAAGGCCUGUCUCCUACCGCAUCGCCUCCGCUGGCCACCGCGUCAUAGGCAUCGAUAUCUCGAAGGAGAUGCUAAAGAUCGCCAAACGCCAGGUCAUCGGGCAGGCCGAGUUUGUUACCGCCGAUAUGAACCAGUACAGCCCUGCGGCAGGGAUGUAUUUCGAUGCCAUCUUUGCCGUGUUUUCGCUAUUCAACAUCUCCCACGCGCAGACGGUGGAGAUGCUGUGCAAGUUUCGGGAAUGGUUAGCGCCCGGGGGGCGGCUGGUUAUCGCGACUAUUCCCGCCGAUUGUUUGUUUGAUGAUGGGGCGUUGUAUGAUGUGGAAGGGUUGUGGGUGGAUCAGAAACCGAUGUAUUUCAUGGGUCAUGAUUUUGUGGGCAGUGCGGCUAAGUUAGCUGGGUGGUACAAUGUGCUACAUGCGCAUGGGUUUGAGAUUGAAUCCGAGCUCCGGUAUCAGUUUGCAUCCACUGAUCAGGAGGCGCACAAGGCGGAUCCAGAUCAUCAGUAUUUCGUGGCCACGGUGGCCAGAUAG